ACGUCUCGCGGGGUUGCUCGUGUUGUUUCCAGUGUCGGGUCUGGAUCAAUGUUGGAGUGUUGUUUAUAUUGGACAUAUAUAUAUAUCAUUUUUUUGUAAUUUAUAUUUUAUUUGUCUGUCGGUUGGAGUGGGUGUUCAACAUAUUUAAUUUUUACCCCAUGUAGGAUAGCAGUGUUGUGGGAUCAGCGAUGAACGCAACAUAUUUCCCAGGAAAGAUGGGAAUGCAUCUCUAACGGUGGAAAGAAACAUAAACCAAAUAAGCGUGAAGCUGCCUGCCAAAAACCCGUCUCCUUCCUGCUUCCUUAUAGUUCCAGGCUUUCCAGCUGGACAUUACUGGUGAAACAUGGGGUCAAUACUUAGUCGAAGAAUUGCUGGAGUUGAAGACAUCGAUAUUCAGGCCAACUCCGCUUACAGAUAUCCUCCCAAAUCCGGAAAUUAUUUCACCAGUCACUUUUUUAUGGGAGGCCAGAAAUUUGACACCCCUCAUCCAGAGGGAUAUCUGUUUGGAGAAAACAUGGAUUUGAAUUUUUUAGGCAACAGACCUGUCCAGUUUCCCUAUGUGACCCCUGCACCUCACGAGCCUGUCAAGACUCUGAGGAGUCUAGUAAACAUCAGGAAAGACUCUUUACGGCUUGUUAGGUACAAAGCUGAAACUGAAAGCACUGCAGAAGAAGCUGGAAAUGCAGGAGUUUUGUAUGGAGUGGAGUUUUACUUUGACACUGAUGCCAGGGUGGCCAUCACACUAUACUGCCAGGCUUUUGAGGAGUUUUCUAAUGGAGUUGCAGUCUAUACUCCAAAAACACCAGCCAUGGCAUCUGAGACAGUCUGCUAUAAGAGAGGGAUAAACCAGCAGUUUUCUCUGCCGUCUUUCAAGAUUGAUUUCACUAAAUGGAAACCAGAGGAGUUGAACUUUGACCUGGACAGAGGUGUUUUCCCUCUGGUGGUUCACGCAGUUGUGGAUGAUGGAGAUGAUGUCGUUGGACACGCUCAUGUGCUUUUAGCAGCAUUUGAAAGGCAUGUCGAUGGCAGUUUUUCAGUGAAACCUUUGAAGCAGAAGCAAAUCGUUGAUCGCGUCAGCUACCUACUCCAAGAGAUUUAUGGCAUCGAGAAUAAGAACAACCAAGAGACAAAGUCUGUAGAGGAUGAGAACAGUGACAACAGCAGUGAGUGUGUGGUGUGCCUGUCAGACCUGCGCGACACACUCAUUCUCCCCUGCAGGCACCUUUGUCUCUGCAAUGCGUGUGCUGACACACUACGUUACCAAGCCAACAACUGCCCUAUCUGCCGACUGCCCUUUAGAGCAUUGCUACAAAUCCGUGCGGUGAGGAAGAAAGCUGCUGGAGUGCUCUCAUCUGUCCCUUUCAGUCCGGUGCUGUCUCAGAGCUCAGACAACACAGAGAAUUCGAACUCUGAAAACAUCCCUCCCGGCUACGAGCCCGUGUCCCUGCUGGAGGCCCUGAACGGCGUGCAGCCUGUGUCUCCUGCUCUGCCCUCAGCCCCUCUGUAUGAAGAGGUCCAGUACUCAGGAGAAAUAGGUGACCCACUGACCCUGAACAUGAAGCAGCAGAGCACUGUGGAGCUCAGUGCAGAUCCACUAGCUCUGAAAUCCAAACUCAGCAAGUCACCAGAUGGGUCUACACGCUCCCCCACAUCUCCAAUCCAGGAGGAGGAGGAUGAGGAGCAUCUGUCUGAUCUGUCUGAUGCUCAGCCUCGACCUGUGCGGCCCUACAGUCCAGCUCCUACUGAGGCGACAGUAGAUGGGGUAGAAUCGGAUCCAGGAUCCCCUAACACAGGUUCAGAGGGCAGGUCUGUUGAGGUGUCUGUAAGUGAGAUCCUGCAGGACUGCCACAGUGUGCGUAGCAGCCUGAGCCGCACCGAGAGUGAUCCCUCGGCAGACCUGGCACUGCCUGCAUCUGAGUCCUGGUCUACUGCUGUUGAGGAAUGUUCGUAAUGGGUCAUCAGGGUCUACUGAGAGUCUGAAGAGUCAGAGCACCAGCAGCUCCAUCCAACCUUUGCUCUGCCUCCCCAGCAGCCUGUGCAUCGAGGACGAGCUCCUCAGCCCCUAGCAGCACUACACUCCUGUGUGCCUCUGCAUUAGCCUUUCUGCUUCAGUCAAGAGUCUCCUUCUAAGAAUAGCACAAUCACUAAUGUCUCUUAAAGCUAUUAAGAAACACCAUUGCUCAUUUGAAAGGCUCAGACUAAUGUCCCUCUGCUAUGAACUACAGAUCACCUAACUGACAUUAUUAUUUUCAGUUGAAUCUUGUGUGUUUUAGUGUCUUCCAAACAAUCAUGAAUGCAGAGAUACUUGACUCAUAGUCCCUAAGGGGGCUGGCAAAUAUCACUGGUGUUCCCCAACUAAUGAACAAAUAUCUCACUGCUCUGAUCUUUAAUUGUUCUGAUGAUUUUUAUUUCUAGGACAUUUUUUAUGGUAAUAGUGCAAUCAUAUAUGGUCUAAUCAAUUUCAUGUAGAUCCAUUUAUUUCAUUUUUUUUGUGUGUAUUGCUAAGUGAGUGUUAAGUCAGGUCUCUGACUGCAAAAUAACCAUCAAAAUAGUCUAUAUCUGUUAGUCUUCGGUCAAAGUGUUCAAAUUUGGAAACGGUAAAGCACAUCAUUGAGCUUUAUUCAUUGACUUAACAUUAAUGGUCUUUUUAUUUCCAUAAAGGUUCAGAAUAUAUAUUAAGCCUAGACUAAAUUGUUUUGAUCUUGGGCUAAAUUUAAUCUCUGACUGAAAGCCAGUGUAAUUUGUCAGAACCAUGGCUUUAUGGUGAUUCACCGCUUUUACACCCUGUAGAAUGAAUAUUGUAUAUUUGUAUGUAGUUAAAUCAUUUUAUCAUAAAGUGCUGUACACGAA